GAAGGCACCAGGAAAGGCGCGCUCCCGUAGAACUGUCAGUUGCAGGCUGCUGGUCAGGUAACUAUUGAGAUAGCGGAUCACUGAACGCAUCUGGACUCGAACAGGAACCGAGCCGUUCGGUUUGUCCGUUAUCAUCUUACUGAAUACAUAACUUCCUUUUUCUUUCAAUUGUACUACCCGCCGUUAUAACUUGUUAUUAUUUAAAAACGGUUCGGGGUUCUCUCUUCCAUGAUGCACGGGUUAGCUAGCUAACGUUAGCCGGAGAGCUAGCGUCCAUCGUCCACUAUCUGUGGGGGAAAGUAACGGAUUCUGUGUGGUGGGGGGGGGGUGAGUAAACCGGAGUAAACAUGGAGAAAAGUAACCGUUUGGUAGAAUUGUACCACUAUCUCCAAGACCCCUUCCUUGUCGCUCGCUUUCAGCGCUUCUGUGGGGUACACGGGACGUUUUCGAGACCCGUCUGUGCUGGUAGUACCACCAGCAGCAGCAGCGAAGCAGACCGGACUUACUCGCACAACAACGGGGCUUGCCACAAUCACAUCACCGGGGAAAAUGAGAGGGAACACCUGUCUGUUAUCGGAGCUGGAGAAGGGGAGAAAGUACCAACAGCUACUGUGGGUGCUCGGAAGAGGGUUACCGAUUCAAACAGAGGGGGGGAAAGUGAAAAUCCUUCCCAGAACGGGGAACCAGUGUCGGCAGAGAACGCCGGGGGAGAAACGGUUGGUCCUGGCAGCAACGGUCGCAGCCUCGCGGGGAUUACAACCGUUGGCCAGGGCGGUCACAGCGGCGCCCGGUCGGACUUCUCAGGGGCAACCGAGUCAGAGGAACGGGAAACUGAGAAAGAAAUUGAGGGUCUCCCACCGAGCAGCACGGUAAAGCCCCUCCGCAAGAACUCUCUAACGGGCGACGCCGGGCAGGAGUUCCUCAUCAGGAACCGGUUCUUGUACUACAUGUUCACUUUCGGAACCGAGCUGGGCAACGAGCUGUUCUACAUCACCUUCUUCCCCUUUGUCACGUGGAACAUGGAAGCCUUUGUGGGCAGGAGGCUGAUCAUGGUGUGGGUCUGGGUCAUGUAUCUGGGACAGUGCACCAAGGAUGUGAUCGGGUGGUCCCGGCCCGCUUCACCACCUGUGGUCAAAGUGGAGAUGUUUUACAACUCUGAGUACAGCAUGCCGUCCACACACGCCAUGUCGGGCACGGCCAUCCCCUUCUCCCUGUUCUUCUUGACCUACGGCCGGUGGGAGUAUCCGUUCUCACUGGGCUUCAUCUUGGCUCUCUGCUGGUGUCUGCUGGUCUGUGUCAGCCGAAUAUACAUGGGAAUGCACUCAGUCCUGGACGUCAUAGUCGGCGUCCUUUACAGCAUCCUGAUCCUGCUCUUCUUCCUGCCGUUCUUGGACCUGAUCGACGGCUUCAACCUGACGUGCCGCUACGCUCCGCUCAUAAUCAUCUCCUUCCACCUGGGCCUGGGCCUCUUCUCCUUCAACCUGGACACCUGGAGCACUUCAAGGGGUGACACCGCUCAGAUCCUGGGCACGGGUGCCGGCGUGGCCCUGGCCUCCCACGUCAACUAUUACCUAGGUCUGAUGCCCGACCCGACACCGGACCAGCUCCCCUACAUCAUACCCGCCCUCAGCGCCGGACUGGUGGGUGUCGCAGUGCUGCGACUCGUCCUGGGUGUGCUAGUGCUGAUGGCCACUCGGGCACUGAUGAAGGCCAUCACCAUCCCGCUGGUGUGCUGGGUGUCCGGGGUGCCCAGCACGGACGUGAGGAAGGCCAGGCAGCACAUGGAGGUGGAGCUGCCCUACCGAUACAUCGUAUACGGGGUGGUGGGCUUCAACGUGCUCUUCCUGGUCCCGCUGCUCUUGAGCUACACCCAGCUCUCCUGUUUGGAUGUUCAGUCACUUGCUGGCUUGAAAACAGUGAAGUGACCGUCUACAUGUUCACCUAAUGCUGUUGUCAGGUCAGAGUUCCCAUCCAGAACCCCUGUCUUUAGUCCUCUGCUUUGGGACUAAGGUGAAUUAAAGCUGAUCUGGAUGCUGACAUGUUAUCCGUUUUUCAGUUUUCCCCAUCGUUGGCUCAGGUUGGGUUUAGGGAGGAUGAACCAGGAGCACCUGGCUGUUAUCAGUUCUGUGGCAAGUGAUAUCUCUUUGAUCUGUUCUUUUAGAUUUAUUUAAAAUAAAAAUAAAAUGGCUCCUCCAGAUCCCAGGACGCGCUGGGUUAGAGCCAAACAUCCACUCCUCCUCCACCAGCAAUUCAUAUUAAACAGUGGACUCUGAAAGACUAAAAACGCCACUGAUCGCUACGGAGAAAUGACCUGUGUCUUACUAUUCGUUUUAUUAUUAUUAAGAGUUCAGACAAAGAACCACACAAGUAAGUUUUUGGAGGAUUGUGCACUUGAAGGUAAAGUUUAACGACUCCACCGUGAAUCAAAAAAGUGUUUUAGUUACUCGAUUUAAAACCUCGUCAACAAGUACUCGACACAGUGUUUGGUGUGGGGCUGCGACGAACGAUAUUCAUCAUCACAAUGAUGAGAAAAGCAGUAAAUCCUCAACAAUAAAUAAAGAUAAACUGCAACCACAGAAUAUUUGGAGUAGUUCUCAAUUAUCAAAGUAGUUUUUGUUCAUUUACUUCUUGAUUGAGUGUUAAAACUUUGUGUGGUUCUGUGUCAAGAAGCUUCUCAGUAAUUAAUAUUGAAUCUUCCUCUCGUCUGUCUCACCUCUCAAAGCAAUAAGAUGUUAUACUUCCUGUAACCCCUCACCUGUGGUUUAAAAGUUCUUAAACUUUGUCGGGCUGAAACAGAAUAAUGUGUCAGAAAGAGACGUUAGAUUGCAUGUGUACAGUUUUCUGAAGGGCUCCCCCCACUCUGUCUGCUCUGUUUACUGUUGCGUUCUUUAUUCACACAGACUGUUCUGAGAUUGAUUGUUUUUCCUGGCUGGAGAAAAGCAAUGACCGGGCACAUACUGUAUGAUCCAGAAGAAAAGGAAGGAAGCGCCACUUUGUUUGGGAAAUGUACAGAGAAGUUUUAAAUAGUGGGAUGUCAGAAAUCUGCACACUUGGCUUUUUUCUUUUUUCUAUCACUGUAAACGGACUUGAUCCACUUCCUGUGCAGAGGAGAGAGGCGGUGGAGACACCGCUGCUCUCAGGAGGGAAGACGUGUGGGUCGCUGACGGAGGAGAGAGAAUGAUGGAGGGAGGGAGACGAUAAAAGAUUAUAAUUUACAAGUCUUCAUUUUCAGAAUACAUUUUAAGAAUUGAAUUGAAAAUUUACACAAACAAAUGUUGACGUGUCAUAAUAAUAUUCUCUUAAAAUAUUAUGGGAUACAAUUUUCUCAUUUAAAUGUUUUAUCCUGGAAAUAUUUCAACUAUAUUCUUGAAAUCUUGAAUUUCUUUUGCGCCUAACAGCGCUAUAAUGUUUUUAUUAUCAAGUACAAAAGGCAGAACAGUCUAAUAGUGUAGUUCCUUUUUCAUAAAGAGUUUUCCUGAUCACAGCAGUGAAAGAAAAAAUGGAAAAGUUGUUUUGCUAAAAGUUCAGCGUACAAACAUUUGAAACAGUUUUGACGUUGUAUCAUAGUAUCAGUCCAAAACAUUCUUUACGAUCCAACACCAGCGCCGUUAGUUUUCUGUGUCUGCGGCCCUGAACGCACAUAAAACAUGCAUGUGAGAUGUUUCCAGAGCUGAUGACCAGGAGGUCAGCAGUUAGAGAGGAAAGCAGACUCCUCGGUGUCCACGCGGACUUUGACUCCAGCUCUCUCCUCCUGUCAGCCUCCCACACAGCAGCGGAGUCACAGUCCAGAAGAAAGACCACUAAACAGCCCUUUAACCGUCAGUGGAGAGAGACGGAUCGACGGAUCGAUGGACCAAUCUGAACUUUCCCCCUGUGCCUGUUUUAUAUUUAAAUAAGAAGAUUAUAUCAACAUUACAACACUGCUGCUGUAAAAAACAACAACCUGAUGCAUUAAGUAAAGACGGGAGUAACUACAGAUCACUCCGCAUCUCUUCAGCAGAAUAGUAUUCAGAUGUCUGUCUCACACAUUUCACUGUCCAAGUGUUUGUCCGGAAUCUUUCUCCUCGAGGUGAUUUAAAAACUGAAAAUCUGGACGGACGCCGGGUUUUUCCAUUCACACAUUCCUCCUCGUGUUUGUCCGCCGCAGCAGCUGUGGGUGAAGUGCCUUGCUCGAGAGUCUUUAAAGGACAGUUGGCAGAGCGUUCAGAUGCUGCUGACUGAACUGAGUCAAGAGUUUUAAUUAGCAGUGAGUUCAGCAGGACGCUGACUUGUAUGUUGUGUUGUUGUUGUUGUUGUUGUGUACGGUACUGUCCUAAUAUGAAUGCACUGUUCCCAGAAUGCACUGUGUUCCCCCUGAGCCGGGCAGAUAGGGUGAAGUUGGUCCUACAUGUUGAUCUGAGGUCAGAGUUUUUUAUCUUAAAGCUUUGUGAGACAUUAAAGCGGGGUUCAGGACCAUGUGAGUUAUUAGUUUAGUUUAAAUUCUAAUUGAUCUGCAGUGGAUUUAUUUUACCAGGUAAAGUCCAAUCUCAAUAGUACUAGUUGGUAAAAUACUUAAAGUGCUACAGAAAUAUGUAGUAUUCCAGUCACUGGUAAAUACAUGAAACUAUUUAAGGCACAUUACAUAUUUUUUUGCACAUAUUUAAACUACAAUCAUUUUCUAUAAAAUGUCUCAAAAUUCAAGGAACUCCAGUGAAUCAUUAUCGAAAUAAUUGCUGAUUCAUUUUCUGUCUAUUAACUAAUCAAUGAAUCAACUAAUUAUUUAAAUUAUCCAUUUGUUUUUCUUUUUUUUUAUAUAAACUGUUCAUUACAUUUACAUAAGAAUCAUUUGGAAGUUACUUUACAUGAGUAUUUCCAUUUUAUGCAUCUUUAUACUGCUACUCCACUACAUUGUUUUGACAGCUGUAUUACUUUAAAGAUUGUAUAAUCAAAAGUAAUAAUAAUAUAAUAUAAAGUACACUUACUUACUCCACCCGGCACUGACACAGUAAUACAUCAGUAAGAAACAUCCAAUAAUAAUUUAACAUUCUGCAGUUGAUCAACUGAA